AUGGCACCCAUCAAGGCAAAGAGUCCCUGGCAACGCUUCCUCCGUGCAAACUUCAGCCCAGCACCUCUCUAUCCGCUAAAGGGAAUGUGGUAUUUCGCAUCGCACCGCUAUAUCCAGCCCACGAUCAAGACUCGGCUCAUACCUCUCACCAUCCUUUCCUCCAGUAUCCUGGCUAUACUCUUCUUGACAGCCUACUUACCACUUGUUGCCUUCCUGGCUCUAUUCCACUACAAGGGCUCGGCAUGGCUGAACGCCACCUUCUCCAUUCUGGUUGUCGGGAUGCUCUUGAUCCAGCUACUAUUCGAGGCGCUAUUCGUAGACGGCACGCAGGUCGAUAUCUUCGAUGCUGUAAUGAUCAACGAGGGGUACGAGCACCUGGUCAAGAAUCGCAGGCCCGUGUCAGACGAUAUCGACGAGAGUGAUCCGCUGAAGCGUAUGGGAGGAAAAGAGAAGGGAGCUACAUUCGCACCCUUCUCGUUCCGCCAAAUUAUCGAGCUGCUGGUCUGCCUGCCACUCAACUUCAUACCUUUUGUCGGGAUCCCGCUCUUCCUCCUCUUAACCGGCUACCGUGCAGGUCCGCUACUGAAUCGACGAUACUUUGACCUGAAGCAAUUCAAUAAGCAGGAAAGGAAUGCUUUCAUCAAGACGAAAAGGAGAAGGUUCGAGUACAUGUGGUUCGGGACUGUGUACUUGUCCCUGCAGCUUAUUCCGAUUCUCUCAAUGCUGUUUCUACUCACCAGUGCAGCAGGUAGUGCAUUGUGGUCUGUACAUGUGGAGCAGGAAAAUGGCAGCGAGAUUAUGGAGGGAGAGGACUUGCCGCCGGCUUAUGCUGAUAGCUACUCGAAGCGGAAGGGCGCCACAAUCCUGAGGCUGAGUGCUGGGGUCGCACCUGCACAAGAGUACUAA